AAAGGAAAGGGCGUGCGCGUCAAGCCCUUCCGCACCGUUGUUUGGCCGCCCCCCUUUCCUGUUGACUCAUACUCUGGCUGAGGGCAGGCCUUCCCCGCCACCACUUUCCCCUUUCAUCACAUGAUUAACAGCUGGGCUCUCUCCGCAGCUGGGGCUCGGAACGGCGGGAGUGGAGCGGAGUUCUGGAGCAGUGACGUGCAAGGAGUGGCCGGCAGCAGGCGAAAAAGUAUAAGAAGCAGCGGACGCGGCGCUUUGCUUACUCUUGCCAGGUUGGACCGCGUUGUUUUUCCCCUUCAGGAAAAAGAAGUUAAAAGGGACGGAUAUACAAAAUGGGAGUCGACGGUGGUAUGAAAUGCGUUAAAUUCCUGGUUUUUUUCUUCAACUUCAUUUUCUGGCUCUGUGGCAUUGCUCUGAUUGCUUUGGGGAUUUAUGUGUGGCUUGAAGUGAAAGGCACACUGGUGUUGACCAACAGCACAGCUUUAGGUCCCCCCAUCACCAUUCUGAUUGUCGGCAUUAUAGUCUUCUUCAUCUCCUUCUUUGGCUGCUGUGGAGCAAUGAAAGAGAACUACUGCAUGGUCACCACGUUUGCUGUUCUGCUCACACUGAUCUUCCUGGUAGAGAUAGCAGCUGCCAUUGCUGGCUACAUCUUCAGAGACCAGGUCAGAGCAGUAAUUGAGAAAGAAAUCAAGGAAGAAAUGGCAAUCUACGGAAAUGAUACACGUAUCACUGAGGAUCUGGAUAACUUGCAAGCAACGUAUCACUGCUGCGGAGUCUUCAAUUACACGGAUUGGUUGAAUGUAACAGGGGGGGUACCUAGUUCAUGCUGCAUAAAUGUCACCGAUUGCCCCAAGAACCCACCUAAAGGAAAGAUCCACAUUGAGGGCUGUGUGACAAAAAUAGAGGUCUGGAUGAGAAAGCACAUCAUAAUUGUGGCUGCAGUGGCAUUGGGCAUUGCCUUCUUUGAGCUCCUGGGCAUCAUUUUUGCCUGUUGUCUCAUGAAAGGAAUCCGCAGUGGCUAUGAGGUUAUGUAGCUGCAUCUCAUCCUGUACAUCUGAUUACUGCGAUGGCAAUCACAAACUCUGGAAUACUUCUGUCUCCUUUUCUGAGGGUGCAACUGACCAUUAUAUACCUAUGGAACAGACAUGAAUGAAUGUUUCCUCUUCUGUUGCCUUUCUUGAAAAUAUAACCUACCCUCCAAGGAUUCACAGGUUGCCUUAUCUCCUUCCCACCCACACCCCGUUUCUCUAAUGGAAAGUUUGACUCCUCCAGUAACUUGUUUCUCUUGGUUACUAUUUUCCAUACAUCAUUCCGGUCUUUCUUAAAACCUGCAUUGUCCUUCAUGUUAUGCUUCACCAUCUAGUGGGCAUCUUAUGAUAUGCAGCUGCUAUUGUAUUCCAACAAAUGUUGCUAGUACUCUGAAUAAAUGUGAGUAGGCAUCCUUGAACUUUGGCUUCCCUCCAAUUCACUCUUAUAGACUGCAGCAUUUCUCCUCAGCCCACACUCCUAAUAAGUAGACUGUCGUAUACUUCAGGAUGCUCCUCUUUUUCCCUUGGGCUGUUGAAUCAAGUGAACACAGUUGUUUUGGAAGCCACAAUGAGAUGGAAAAUUGUGGGGGUUUGUUUUUUUAGCCAGUACCUCACUAUUUGGAAAAUAAAGACAUUGUUUCUCCCAUG